AACAAACCUAAAAUUAAAGGAAGAGACGAAGUCUGAAAAGAAGCCAGGUUUUUGGGACAGUUUGGUGAUAAAGCAGAAUGCCCCAUCUAGGAAGCCCGAUGAGAUUGAGGGAUGGGAACCACCGCAGAUUACUGCUGCUGACUCUACCAGUGAGGCAGCAACUGCUUUAAGUGACUAUACAGCCUGGUCAGGCUGGGAAGAUGAAACCAAAGGCUCCACAAAAUACACGAACCUGGCCAGCUCAGGAAACAGUUCCAGGUGGAGUAUCAAAUCCGCUGGAAAGCUGGUUAGUAUUAGACGUCAAAGCAAAGGUAACCUUACUGACAACUGGGAAGAACUCGAAUGA